AUGAGCCUCGCGGCUGAUCGUGUCAACAACUCCAGGAUCAGAUCUGUCCCCUGGAACAACGUCCUCUACUGGCUUUAUGUAACAGUAAAGCGAGAAAUCCAACUAUCAUACGCGUUCAUGGAAAGCAACUUUGACGCAGCCUUUGUCCCUUUCCCCAUCUUUGCUACCGCUUCGUUACUAUACCGAAGGGCAACCUAUGAAGAAGCCGUAUCUUCUCUCACCAAUACACUACUCUACGGUUUCUUCUUCUACUACAGCACGGAACUAGCAAACAAUGCCGACGGAGGCACAAUCGAAGACGAGAUUAACAAGCCAAAUCGCCCAAUAGUGCAGUCCCAAACCACCGUGGCUGCAGCCAAACUACGAUUCUACCUCGCAUCAGCAACAUGGCUCCUAUUGAGCUAUAUCCUAGACGUCUACAUCUGGUCUCUGCUCUGGAUAGCUGUCCUCGUUUCCCACUAUCUGCUACGAGCAUCCAGAAUAGGCCCUGCAAAAGAUCUCUGCAUCGUUCUAGGUGUCACUUCCCAACUCAUGGCCUGUUGGAAGUUGGGUGGCUCCGACAUGCAUGACGGCUGGAGAUGGGUUAAAUUAAUUAUCCUCUGGAUUUUCUUCACCGUUCCCAUUCAGGACUUUCGUGAUGUUCCCGGUGAUUUGGCCGCGGGGCGUAGAACGACACCUAUCCUUUUGGGGGAUUUCCCGGCCCGUAUCUAUGCAUCGAUGGGACUAGUUACAACCGAGUAUAUCCUCAUCACUCACAGAGUCUUCGAGUUUGGGUACACUCUGCCCACGGUACUUAUGACUUCCCUCAUAAGUCUUCUCACCCUAGGGCUCAUCUACCGAUUAAUUCGUUUCAAAACCAUCGAGCAUGACCGAGUUUCUUACAGGUGGUACAUCGCGCUGUAUAACUUGAUUUUACUCACCGCUAAAGAUGAAUUCAUACUCCUACGACACACCUCAGAGGGUAAGCUGGAAAGGGUACAUGUACCAGAUGCGACCCUAGAUCCUCUAGACAUGGUGCACGUGGAGUACCCUAGUGACCUUCAGGAGCUAGAGCCAGGCGGUUCCAUCACCUACUGUCACAGUCUUCCACGCAGGUACAGGGAGCAGCUGGAACCCGGCGAAACUUACGAGCUGGUCUGGACCGGUACAAAGAUUCCUUUUUGGGACUGGGGAGUCCCUAGUGAACAUGUGGAGUCCCGCCUGACUGCUAGUCCGACACAGCCGGAUUUGAUUCUACCGGGAGGUCCACGUGUUACGUUUACAUAUGAGCAGAUAGAGUCUCCGGCCUUCAUUCGCCGGCAAUCCACCCCACCAUUACUGCCAUCAGACCGUGUACAGGGCGCCCCCAUACUGAGCGUAGAGCUCUCGGGUCCGAAGAUAAUUACCCCCGAGGGAAAACACUAUGCAUCGUUGCAUGUUCGCUACCAUGGUGGCCCCACAGAUCAGCCAAUAAUAUUCCGUAACCAUGUGAUCUGGGAGCUGCUUCGCUCCUAUCGUCUAGAGAGCGGAUUGUGGGAGCUUCAGGAGGGCCCCUGUGGAUGUGCUGGGUUGUUUCUGGAUGAUCCUAAUAUCACAGUCAAUGUGGUCGAGGACGAAGGCUUCAUUACUCUUAAGCCGGGAGAAUACUGGAGUCCCUCCUGGAUAAUCCUAGAGGACAUCUAUGGUUGGGAAGUAGGAGAUAUAUGGCGUUAUCGCUUCAAGGGUGGUACAGUGGACUGGUGGGACUACGGGGGAGUGGACGAACAUGUCGACACAAAUGUCCAGAUACCUCCGCAUCCUUGGGGGAAGGUGACUGAUCCGGCGGACAAUGGGGGUCGACCUCAGCUCGUGAUACCGGCGUCAAAUGCGAUUGAGUUUCGCAUUGUAGAAAAAGAAUAA